CAGAAAAACAGAAAAGAAAAGUAAAGAAUAGGGGGAUGACGUGUACAAGUGACCGCAUGUUAGCAAACAUGAUACCCCCGUUCUCUCUGGAGAUGCUUGACCCUCCCUUUACCCAACCAAAAUUAAUCGCUCUAAACAAACAUUCAAAAAUGUUUCUCUCUCAAAUUUCUUCCUCCUUUUAAUUUUAUUCAUUUUUGUUUAAUCAAACGAGAUUGCAGAGUGUUUUUUAUUUAUUUAUUUAGAUUGCUGAUCGGAGAUGUGAUUUCGUUGAAUCAAGCAUGACUAACAAGAGCGUUAAUACGGAUUUAUCUCAGGGAGAUGGAUGCGGCGGCGGUGCCUGUGGUCCUCCGCCACCUGGACAGCCUGAUAAUGCAGCUACUCGUGCUGGAAACACGGUCUUCAAGAGUGGGCCUCUUUUUAUUUCAUCCAAAGGAAUUGGUUGGACAUCAUGGAAAAAACGGUGGUUCAUUCUGACACGAACUUCACUGGUUUUCUUCAGAAGUGAUCCUAGUGCUGUUCCCCAAAGAGGAAGUGAAGUGAAUUUGACUCUUGGUGGUAUUGACCUCAACAAUUCAGGCAGUGUGGUGGUGAAGUCGGACAAAAAACUUUUGACUGUUCUAUUUCCUGAUGGUCGUGAUGGGCGAGCUUUCACUCUUAAGGCUGAAACGAUGGAGGAUUUAUAUGAAUGGAAGACUGCCCUUGAGAAUGCUCUGUCACAAGCACCAAGUGCUGCACUUAUGAUGGGGCAAAAUGGUAUCUUCAAGAAUGAUCAGGCUGAUUGUGUUGAGGGUUCCUUUGACCAAUGUGUGUUACCAGUGAAGGAAAAGGUGCCUAUGAAAGCCUUGGUCAUUGGCAGACCAGUUUUACUAGCUUUAGAAGAUGUUGAUGGAUCUCCCUCUUUUCUAGAAAAGGCUCUUAAGUUUAUAGAAGAGCAUGGAGUCAAGGUGGAAGGAAUCUUGCGGCAAGCCGCAGCUGUUGAUGAUGUUGAGCGUCGAGUUCGGGAAUACGAACAAGGGAAAACGGAGUUCUCCGAAGGGGAAGAUGCACAUGUGAUUGCUGAUUGUGUCAAGUAUUUCCUCCGCGAGUUGCCAUCCUCUCCAGUCCCUGCAUCUUGUUGCAAUGCACUACUAGAAGCAUUUCGCAAGUCUGUUGCUGGAAAAGAUCGUGGCAAUAGAGUAAAUGCCAUGCGAGAAGCAAUAUUGGAAACCUUUCCUGAGCCAAACCGCCGCUUACUGGAAAGAAUCCUGUUGAUGAUGCAAACUGUGGCAUCUCAUAAAGCUGAAAAUCGAAUGAGCACUUCAGCUGUUGCUGCUUGUAUGGCACCUUUACUUCUUCGCCCACUUUUAGCUGGUGACUGUGAAAUUGAACAUGACUUUGAUGUGGGUGGUGAUGGUUCCAUGCAACUGCUACAAGCAGCUGCUGCAGCUAAUCAUGCUCAAGCCAUUGUUAUAACAUUAAUGGAAGAAUACGAUAGUAUUUUCAAUCUUCUCCAGGACGAUAUCAUGUCCUCUGGUCUAUAUUCAGACUCUGAAGAAUGUAAUAGCGAGGAUGAGGAAGUAACGGAUGAUGAUGAGUCCUACGAAGAUGAUGAGCGUGAUGAUAGAUCGCAAGAGUCUGAAGCCUAUACAGAAGAUGAUCUUAAUGAUGCUUCAAGUGGAAAUGGAAAUGGUGAUUCUGGUGGUGACGAAAUGUCUGAUAAUAAGGGCCAUGAUGAUCCUAGCUCCGGCUCCACUUCUCCUAAAUUAGAUAAUGAUUUCAAAGUCGAGUCAUCAAAUUCAGUUCAAAAUUCAUUACCUUCACAACAUGGUGAAGAAAGGAGUGAGAAUGUUCUAGACGAAAGUAACCACAAUUUAGCAACGCAAAUAGUUGAGUCUCAUGAGUCAUCAAGAGAUCUUCCCAGGAAAACUACUUUAGAGGAUGAGCAAACUACAAGCAUCUCCAGUGGACGUGCACGAGAAACUAAGCCUCCAAAUUUAUUGGGGCGUAAUUCUGGGAGGAAGGACCUUUCUGUGGAAUCCCUUGAUUAUGCUUUUGAUGAGGAAGUUGAGAUCCAAAAGCUGGAGGCGGCUAAAAUUGAUUUGCAACAAAGAAUAUCUGAAGAGGUUAAAAGUAAUGAAGUUCUGCAAGCCAGCUUGGAACAACGAAAGAAGUCCCUGCAUGAGCGACGUCUAGCUCUUGCACAAGAUGUAACAAGACUGCAAGAAGAGCUGCAAAGAGAGAGAGACAAGAGAAUAGUUCUGGAAACAGGACUUGACAAAUCUCAGGGAUCCCAAACUGUUCCAGUUAUUCUUGAUGAAAAAAUAAAAGCUGAUAUUGAGGAAAUAAGUCAAGCAGAGGCUGAAGUCUCGAAUUUGAAGCAAAAGGUUGAUGAUCUAAGUAAGCAGCUGAAUCAACAGCAUGAUCAAAAUCACAGUUCCUUACAGGAUUCAAACAAUCAAGCAAGGAAAGAUAAACAAAGAGAUAUUGAAGCCAGUUCUAGUUCUCAUCUCGGAAAGUCUGCAAAUAAGUGGGGCUUUGGAAUCCAGGAUACUUUAGCAGAUGAAUCAAUAUCUUCAGUAAACAAGAAUUCACCUCAAAACCAACAGCCAGAUGCAGCACGUAGCAGCAACUCCAGGUCCUCAUCUAAUUCCAGGAAGUCUAGCUACAGGAGUGAGGGAGCAAAUUCUACUACAUCUGCACUGACAAAGUUGACAACCCGACUAAAUUUUCUGAAGGAGCGGCGAAGCCAGCUUACUAGUGAAAUUCUGGAUAAAGGCCGAGGUUCAAGUCACGUCACAACAAAUAAAGCUAGAGGAUCAGAAGUCCGUCAAACACCCCAAAACCAGGACAAGAGCCAUAAUUCAGAAGUUCAUUCUGUUUCAAAUUCAGAUAGAAGUAGAGGCUCAGAGAGCUCUCAAACAGAAACCCCGUCACGUAAAUCUCUGGAGAGUCAAAAUCCAGACAAAGGAAAAGCUGAUGGCAGUGGUGAUAAAGGUAAAGGAUCUGGAAGCCAGGGCUCUCGAAGAACAAACUCCAGAUGAGAUACAAAAUGAUUGGUUGAUAUCAUGCACAUGCUGCAAUUUUAAUUUACUUUUAAGCAAUUUGUGCAAGAAUCAAGCUUGUGAAAUUAGAAAUGCUUGGAGUCACUUGAGGCCUAUGUAAAUACCAACCAUCUCCUUGAUGUAAGUUUCCUGAUAUGGUUGUAAAUUAAGGUAGUUGCUGAUUUUUUUGGCUGGUUUAGAAACCAAGUAGGAUACUAUUAUAUCCUUUGUAUGUUUAAAUUAAAACUUGACUUUUUUUUUCUUCUUUAAAUGUAAUCGGAGUCGCUUGGCUUGUGUAUAAGAGAGCUGAAAUCCAGCAUCCAACCUGAUCUUGAACUUGGUUAUUUUAAUGAUCUGAUAUGACAAUUGGCAAAUACCACUUGUCCAGGUAUCAUUUUGAUGCGUUUCAUCA